AUAAACUCUCGCUCCAUGAAUACCGGAGAGGUAGUUCCGCUGAGAGUGUUUCUCCACGCCUCAUCAAAUAUUUUUCUCUGUUUCCGGUAAGAAUCAAUCUCCACCGUCAGAUCGAUCUAGGCCACGGAUCCCGUCGACAUGGCCACGAUCCCCAGCUGCCACGUGGUAGCGAUGCCCCACCCAGGCCGUGGCCAUAUCAACCCAUGAUGAACUUCUGCAAGCUCCUAUCAUCCUAUCAAGACCUAGUCAUUACCUUUGUGGUCACGGAGGAGUGGCUCGGACUCAUCGGCUCAGCUCCGAAGCCGUCCAACAUACGGUUUCGCUCCAUACCCAAUGUCAUCCCAUCAGAGGUGGGCCGCGGAGCUGACUUCGCCGGCUUCCUCGAGGCUAUCUUCACAAAGAUGGCUGAUCCAUUCGAUCGGCUCCUGGAUCAGCUUGAUCAGCCGAUCGGCUGCAUCAUAGCCGAUACUUACCUGCCGUGGGUCGUUGAGAUCGGAAACCGGAGGAGUAUUCCGGUAGCAUCGCUUUGGACAAUGCCGCCGGCCGUGUUUUCCAUUUUCCAUCACUAUCAUCUGAUCACGUCCAAUCUGCAUUUAACGGCUGAUGAUGACUUACCAGUCGGGCUGACCCAGCAAGAAGGGGGAGUUAUUUGAUACUCGGCUGCGUAUGACCCUUGACACAGAGAUACUCAGAAAUUGAAAGUAUGCAUAAAUUUUGCUUUAGUCUUAAGAGUGAAAUUAUUUGUACAAUCCUAACCUAUUAUUCACCCAUUAUUCAUGGAUACUUGAUUGUUCAAA